CACCGAUGAUGGUUGCUUUUGGGUUCUAGGGGGGGCGUCCGAACAUAUAAAUGAGAAGAACCGCCUCAAAGGGGUUUCAUAUUCGCCCCAUUGACUGCCAUCACUCAUACCUCAUCGCAUACCCUUCAACACGGGAGACCUUCUCUGCGCGAACACCACCUACACAACCUUCAGCUUCUUUUUUUUGUUGGCGAAAGCGGCACUGACAAGGACAGACGCUGUCAUAUAAAUUAUAGACUGCCAUUCACUGCCCGCUCAUCAUGGCCCAACUCCAAGUCCUCAUCAUCGGUGGAGGAGUCGGGGGACUCGCGCUCGCCUUCUGGCUUGGGCGCCUCGGCCACUCCGUAACGGUGGUGGAACGCUUCCCCGAGCUCCGCGCCAAGGGCCAGCAGAUCGACCUGCGCGGGCAGGGAGUCACCGUCGCGCGCCGCAUGGGGCUGCUGGACAAGAUCAAGGCCGCAAGAGUGCAGGAGCAGGGCUUCAAGUUUGUCGACGGCAGCGGCCGAACCCGCGCCUUCUUCCGCUUCACCGACACGGGCGGCAAGGGGAGGCAGGGCUUCACGUCCGACUACGAGAUCAUGCGCGGCGACCUCUGCCGCAUCCUCUACGACGCCGCCAGGGAGAGCGACAACGUCCGCUUCGUCUUCGGCACCACCGUCGACGGCCUGGAGCAGGACGAGCACACGGACAGCCCGGUGACGGUGCGGUUCUCGAGCGGGGCGUCGGAGCAGUACGACCUGGUCGUCGGGGCCGACGGGCAGGGGUCGCGCACGAGGCGGCAGCUUCUGGGGCUCGGGCCGGGCGAGCGCGACCCGACGGUGCGGCCGUACGGGGUCUACGCCGGCUUCUUCUCGGUGGCGAGCUUGCCGUCGGACGAGCCGGUGGCGACGGGCCUCUUGGCGCCGGAGCGGCGCACCAUCAUGACGCGCGUCGACAACCCGCGCACCACGCAGGCCUACCUCACGGUGCACGGCGAGAACCCGCGGGCGCCCGAGCUCGCCGACGCCAUCGCGCGCCGCGACGUCGAGGCGCAGCGGCGCGCCUUCGCCGACAUCUUUGAGGGCGCCGGCUGGGAGAGCGAGCGGCUCGUGCGCGCGCUGCGCGAGCGGGAGCCCGAGGCCGACGACUUUUACGCCACCGACGUCUGCAACGUGCAGGGCCGGUCCUGGACCAAGGGCCGCAUCACGCUGCUGGGCGACGCCGGGUACAGCGCCGCGACGCUGUCGGGCUUCGGCACCUCGGGCGCCCUGAUCGGCGCCUACGUCCUCGCGGGCGAGAUUCUACGCCACACGGCGGGUCCGUCUGCUGCCAACGGUGGCGGCAAGGGUGGUGUCGACAUCGUGGGCGCGCUGAGGGCGUACGACGCCAAGCUGCGGCCUCUGAUAGAAAUCGCGCAGGCCAUCUCGCCCUGGAUUUUCAAGGUUCCCAUGCAGAAGAGCGCCUGGACGAUAACCUUGACGUUUUGGUUGGUCGGAAUCAUUUCUCUUCUCCGCAUCGACAAACUCCUCCAGAUGCUGGGCACGGACGGCAAACCGUGGGACCUCCCCGAAUAUGCCGAACUGGAAAGUCUGAAGGCGUAAACGUGGGGGAUGUGCUUGCUUGGGGUUGUGAUACGUUGGAGCGCAUAGCUACUUGUUUUUGCUUGUUGUACAAUACACAUCUUCGCUCUAGUGUGAAAUAUUUGAACCUUGUUGAUCUUGUUCA